AUGUCCUCCGCUGUGCAUCACUCCCGCACCCUGCGUCAUGCACUGCCCCAUGACACUAACAAACCCGCCAAUAAGCAGUCACGCCUUCCGUUGCCGCCUGCCGCAUCGCAGCCGCAUCGCCCAGAAGGCACACAUGCCCCCACCUUCUUCCCCUCUCAGUUCAGUGCCUCCCCUCUCUCAUCCCGUCCACCCCUCACCACUCCCUCCCUCCCCUCUCUCAUCCGUCCUCCCUCUCUAGUCCCUCACUCUCCUCUCCCAUCCCGUCCUCUCCUCUCGCAUCCCUCCCGUCCCUCUCUCCUCCCAUCCCCCCCUCUCUCAUCCGUCCCUCUCCUUUCUCAUCCCGUCCUCUCCUCUGUCAACCCUCACUCACCUCUCUCGUUACGGCCUCCCCUUUCUCAUCCAUCACUCUCCACAAUUAUCCCGUCCUCGCCUCACUCAUCCCUCCCUCUCCUUUCCCAUCCCGUCCUCUCAUCUCAUAUCCCUCACUCUCGUCUCUGUUCCCUUCCUCCCCCUCAUACCCUCCUCUCCGAGUUCAGCCCUUCUCAUCCCCCUCUCUCCUCUCAGGACCGUGUCCACCUCCCUCUCCGUGUCCACCUCCCUCUCCGUGUCCACCUCCCUCUCCGUGUCCACCUCCCUCUCCGUGUCCACCUCCCUCUCCGUGUCCACCUCCCUCUCCACUAUCAUCUCGUCCGCUCCUCUAUCAUCUCGUCCUCUCCACUAUCAUCUCGUCCUCUCCUCUAUCAUCCCUCCGUCUACUCUCUCAUCCCUCCCAUCCCUUUCUCCUCCCGUCCCACACUCUCUCAUCCCUCCCUCUCCAUUCUCAUCCCGUACUCUCCUCUCUCGUCACGGCCUCCCCUCUCCCAUCCCGUCCUCUCCACUAGCAUCCCGUCCUCCCCACACUCAUGCCUCCCUCUCCUUUCCCAUCCCGUCCUCUCGCCUGUAAUCCCUCGCUCUCAUCUCUCAUCCCUCGCUCUCAUCUCUCGUCCCUCACUCUCAUCUCUCCUCCCGUCCUCUCCUCUCUCCUCCAGUCCUCUCCUCUCCCAUCUCGUCCUCCCCUCUCUCAUCCACCCCCUCUCUCAUCCCUCCCUCGCCACGCUCAUCCCGCGCCACGCCACGAUGUGGGAUCCCUGCCACCGCUGGGUGGCUGCCUCGCCACCCCGCUAUUGCAAUCGGCGCCACGCCGACGCGCCUCCUCAACGGCUUGCAUCGUCCAGCCGGCUCGCACUUCAACUUCCCCACAGGGCGCUCAUCGGCUUCACCCCAGGUCGCACCCCCCCUUUCCCCCAUGCCACACCUCCCUGUUCCCCCCCACAGAGCACCUUAUCACUCCCUCACAAUGCACUACCCCUCCCAUCCCUUUGCUUCCUCUCCCCUCCAAUCCCUUUUAUUCUCUUCGCUUCCCAUCCCUCGCCUUCCCUUCCACCGACCUCCCUGCACUUCCUAUGCCCCUCUCCUCACAUCCCUCUCCGCUCUCGUCCCGUCCCCCGCUCUCCCCUCCCUCUCCGCUCUGAUCCCUUACUCUGCUCACUCAUCCCUGCCCCGCCAUCCCUCCUCUCAUUUCUCGCGGAUCUAUCUCAUCCCGUCCACCACUCUCUCAUCCCGUCCUGCGCUCUCCCAUCCGUGACUCUCCGGUCUCUUCCCGUCCUCCGCUCUCUCAUCCCUCCCUCUCUGCUCUCAUCCCGCCCUCCCCUCUCUCAACAACUUCCCUCUUUGCUCUCAUCCUGUCCUCCGCAUGUGCUCAUCCCUCCCUCUCUGCUCUCAUCCCGCCCUCCCCUCUCUCAACAACUUCCCUCUUUGCUCUCAUCCCGUCGACCGCUCUCCCAUCCCUGCCCAUCCAUCCCUCAUCCCGUCCGCCGCUAUCUCUUCCCUUCCUCUCCUCUACUAUCCCCUCCUCCGCUCCCUCACGCCUCCCUCUCCUCAACUAGCCCGUCUGCCGCUCUCUCAUCACUCCCUAUGCCCGUGUUCCCCACUCCCCCGCAGGGCACGUGGCCCCUGUGUGCUUUACCAUGUGCCACAGUGAGUAAUGCGCCUCAACGGAACGCCCUCACACGUCCCCCCCUCCCUUCUCUCAUCCCCUCCUCCCAUCUCUCCUCCCCGCCUUCCCUCCCUCACCCGCUCCUCCCAUCGCUCAUCCCCUCCUCCCCUCUCUCAUACCCUCUUCCCUCUUUCAUCCGCUCCUCCCCUCCCUCAUACCCUCCCCCCCUCUCUCAUCCCCUCCACCCCUCCCUCAUCCCCUCCCUCUUUCUCUCAUUCCCGCCUCCCCAUCACUCCUCCCCUCCUUCCUUCUCUCAUCCCGUCCUCCCCUCUCUCAUUUCCUCCUCCCCUCUCUCAUCCCGUCCUCCCCUCUCUCAUCCCCUCCUCCCCUCUAUCAUCCCCUCCCCUCCUCCCCUCUCUCAUCCCUUGCUCCCCUCGGACCCCCAUGUUCCUCCUUCCUUCCCCUCAUUUCCCCCCUCCAAGCCUAUCACCGCCUAUCCUCCUUCCCCGUCUUUCACCCUCCUUUUUAAACUCCUCCCACCUAUAUUCCACCCCCCUCUCUCAUCCCUCCCCAUCCUCUCACAUCCCAUCUCCCCCUCGCUCAUUCCUCCCCCUCCCGCGAAGGCAGCUUUCCCAGACUCUCGGCCGCCAGCAGUAGUCGAGGGGAACUGGAAUAGGGCACGGGCCAGUUCGGCGGAAAGGGGUGAAGCUGUGUCUUAUGAAGUAGAUGCACUGUCCCGCUGCAUCUCUUCCUCGGUCUCCUCAAGAUCAUCCUCGCAAACCAUGCUGUGCGGCAGUUGGGAGGAGACAACAUUGCUAAAAAAGGGAGAGGGUGCAGACGAGGGCAGAGAGGGGCUAGGACAGGGUGCAACACAACACGAGGGUGUGACAGGGCGACAGAUUACUGAGGGGAGAGAGGGAAGGGAGGGGGGGGAGUGCAAGGGGUCGAGGGAGGGCAAGGAGGGGAGAGAGGGCUUUGAAGGGAUAGAGGGCUGGGAGCCGAAGAGGGGGAGGAGUUGGUUCGGGAGUUGCAUCUGUGAGGGGAGGAGAGAGCAGGGGGUUGAGAAAGGGAAGGCGGAGGGCGGAGUAAUGCAGGAUGGGGAGUGA